UAGAAGAAAACAUAUUGAAAUGUGCUGUUGAUUUAAUUGUGGUCACAGUUUGGAGAAUACCGGGAACAAAAAGCAACCAAGUUUUUCAGCGAGUUGAGAAGUGUGGCUGUUGGCAACAUGAACAUUAGACCAAGGAUAGACAGGUGUCGCAUAGCCUUGGUAAUAGCCUUCCUGCUCAUGUUCCAAAUCGGUGUCUUGAGAGAAGUCCUAGAAUUAAGAUUGAGGCAAAGACGACAGGAGAGUAUGGUGUAUUUACCCCAGGAAACUGUGCUCAGAGUAGAGCGACUCCUGCAGGCUGGGGGGUUACCAGUCCAGAACAACCAAAAACUUGCUGGAGCCGACAACAUUAAUGGCGAACCAAGUGAUAAGGAAGAAGCAAAAAGAUCUUCCUAUGAAUUAGAAAGAUUCAAUAACAUGUUGAAGGCGUGGCCCGUCAACAAACCAAAAGCAGCCAUCUACAUCUUAGUCAAAUCUUCUCGAUUUACUUCCACCCUAAAGGACGGACUCGACCGGUUGGAUAGAUAUUUUAACGAUAUCUAUCACUACCCAUUGGUACUGUUUCACGAGACAGGCGUCAGCGAUACUGACAUAGCAUCCAUUCGCUCUUGGACGAGGUCAGACGUUUACUUUCAACUCGUGAAAUUCUCAGUUCCUAAAUGGAUAAACGAAACAAAAUUGGAGGGCGAUAUUGCUAAAGCAGGCGAUAAGCGCUAUGGUUACAGACAUAUGUGUAGGUUUCAUGCUAUAAGCAUGCAGGUCACGCCCAUAAUGCGCCUGGUCGACUAUUACUGGAGGCUAGAUGAUGACUCACGUUUGAUUGGCCAGGUUCCAUUUGACCUUUUCAAGUUCAUGGCGAAAGGGAACCUUACUUAUGGAUAUGUGCACAUGUCUCCAGAAAAUCCCGAUUACGUUGUUGGUCUUUAUCCGCGCGUCAAUUCAUAUCUCACCAACAAGCAGAUUCAACCAACAUUCUUCAGAAAACUGCACAGAAACAGAUAUUUCUUCAACAAUUUUGAACUAGCUAGUUUACAUUUUUGGAGGAGCAAAAACGUUUCCGAAUUUCUCAACGCCUUGGAUCGGUCAGGGGGAUUUUAUUAUCAUCGAUGGGGAGACGCUGUAGUGAAGACCCUGGUUGUGUCCAUUUUUGCACCUAUCGGAAGUGUAUAUCAGUUCACUGAGGUGCCGUAUGUGCAUAAGAAUGUGAACACAACCAGUAGAGAAUUCAGGUAUGCUUACGGAAGAAAUCUGGCCCAGAUGGUAAUGUACUGAUUGAAGACGUUACCAAA